AUGUGCUCCGACACGGAUGGUCCCAUCCUGGCUCUACGCGAGUUCGUUGAAGCGGCCACCGCCUGCGGCUAUCCGGGACUCCUUCAGUACAAUCAUGUCUUCAGCGUUGAGAUCGAACCGUUCAAGCAAGCCUUCAUUCGUCGCAAUGCAGCUCCUUCAGGCCCGAUCUUUCGCAAUGUCGUCGACGUUGGCAUGCCCGGAGCUACUCAGGCUAUGACGGCUUCCGGAGCCAUGGCCGAUAUCCCUCUGGGAAUCGACAUUCUCAUUGCUGGAAGCUCUUGCGUCGACUUUUCGAGCCUGAACUACGCGAAGAACGACAAGAAGAAGAAGUCUGAUGAGAAGGGAGAGUCAACCAAAACUUUCCUGUCCAUUCUCAUGUAUGCCCACGCACAUCGGCCCAAAAUCGUCAUCUUGGAGAACGUUACAAGAGCUCCGUGGGACCAAUUCAAGAAGUUCUGGCUGCCAAGCAUCGGAUACGAGGCGGCGUAUGUCCAGGUCGACUCCAAGAACUUCUUAGUCCCUCAAACGAGGCAGAGGAAAUAUCUACUCGGAGUGGAUGCUCGCUACUAUGGGAACAAGGCCGAGCAGAUCGUCAACACAUGGGUCAAACUCAUGGACGUUACGCAGUGGUUCAAGAAUCCGCCUGACCUCAAGAAGUUCUUGCUUCCCCCGUCUGAUCCGCGCGUGCUUCAGACUCGAUUCCAGUUGGAAAGAACGCUGCUCUCGAGGCCGAAGAGGGACGUCGAGGCUGUUCAUUGUGCUGCCGAUCAUAGGUCGGCACGUCGAAAGGAAGAGCUCGGCACGUCGAAUCCAUAUACUCGGAUGGAUGACAGAGGCAACGUUCAGCCCCGCGAGGACACCUGGCAGGGCGUCAUCUCAGUCUAUACUUGGCGAAUGCAGGAUCUACUCGACAUCGAGUACCUGAGAGCACAGAAGAAGGGGUAUGACUUCACCCACAAGAUGUUCAUUCUUGACGUCGGACAGAACGUGGAUCGACAGAGUGGAAGGCUGGGUGUAAUUCCGUGUGUUCUUCCCUCAGCUGAUCUCUUCAUCUCGUACGACGGUCGUCCUCUCCUCGGACUCGAGUGUCUCGCUGUGCAGGGCAUUCCCGUUGACCGCAUCUCGCUUUCGGUCGAGGGGGAAAACCAGCUCAAGGACCUUGCCGGAAACGCCAUGACGACCACCGUGGCCGGUGCAGCUAUCCUCUGUGCCCUCAUUGCCGAGUCCAGGUUCAAGAGGAAGGCAAGCAACAGGCACUUGCAGGGCCUCGCCCAAGCCACCUCGCUGCUGCCUAGCAGCAUCAUGGCUUGGCAGGAGAUUGUCUCCUCCGGCUGGGACGGCAAUAGAUCAGUCGAGUUUUUCUGCACUCUCUGCCUCAAUGGAUGCCGGAAAUGUCGCUGCGACGCCUUCCGCAAGCAUCAACAUACCGGUGUUUAUCUGCGAUGCAAGGACUGCAAUGAGACGCGCUGCCAAAGCUGUGCUGGAAAUCCGGACCACAACUUUGAUAGGGCUCACCCCAUCGACGACAAGGUGUCAAUCGGCAGAAGUUUGGCUCAAGAGCUUGCGAUUGCUGCUUUGCCAGCUCAUCUCUACAUCGAUUGGGCAGGUACCGAUACCGCUCACAGUAUCGAUAUUCUCCACGAACUCGACAAGCAGAUCUUCAGCGAUCACCUCGAGGCUUUACAUCGCGCAAUCCAGACGUGCGCAGGCGGAGUUCAUUACUACCAGACGGACCUCAAGUUCAGAGACGACCUGACUGUGACUUACGAAUCCGAAAAGUCAACCAUCGUCGUUGUCAUCACCGGAAAGGACAUUACGUGGAGCAUGCAUCUGAGACCCGUCUAUAUCGAAUUCGGGCGCCCAUCGAUUCGGAACGAUACCUCAGCCAGCGAAGUGGCAGUUCAAUUGGCUGCUCUAGAUUACGACCUUCGCCAGCCUCUCUUGAAAGCACUGUUUGUCCAAGGCAAAAUCAACGUGGAUCUGGUUCAAGAACGCGCCAACGAUGGAAGGAUGACCGGUUUCACCCAGAAGUUUAUUGAAGUCAACGGCCUUGCACCCUAUUUAGUGAACGAAAUCACGAAUGUCAUCAACGGGGACUACCACUUUACAGAUAAGUGCGCAACCCCAUUGGGGCUCCUCUUCACCAAGCACGAUCCUCUCAGCCCCGUCUACAUGAUGCUCCAGACGAAUUGCAACGGAGCUGCCGAAACCGACCGAUGGCUCUUGACGAAGAACCCUAGAAAGCUUGAGCCGGAUCAAGUGCGAGAUAUCAUCUGCGUUUUCCCCAAAGGGUUCAAGCACCAAGAAGGACAGCCUCCGGGCUCUAUAGUGUCGGCCGUGUUGCCUGGCGUGUACACGUCCCUGCCGUCCGCCCUGGAUAUCACCAUCCACGAGCGUGAUCCAGCCCUCCAUGUUGGUCUCAAAGAUUUGCAGGAGCAGGCUAUCAUGAACAUCGACUGUCAAUCUUCGAUCCCGUCCAUCAUGAUCAAAAUGGACAAGACCGAUAUGCACUUUCCAGUCAAGUCGCUCCUCAGCCAGUUGACUCCCCCUUCUGGCACAAACAGCAUGGCAGCUUCGCCCGAUAUCUGGUUCACGAUUGCUCAGCAUGAGAUCAAGGAUGCAUUGGCACUGGCGUCUUCUGCCAUCAACAAAUUGCCGGCCUCAGUAUGCGCUGGACUUCUUACAGUUAGCGACAUCGUGCUGGAUUCUGGUGAUGCGUGCUACAAAUGCUCGCCGACCGCUCCAAAGGCUCUUCAUCACUGGGAUGCGGAUGGCAGCGUUGUACGAAUCGAGAACGAGGCAGUGGCGACUCAAGCGGAGCAGGCUAUGUUGCGACGACCAGCUCCUCUCGAGAUCCAGGCCCGACUGGAGCCGAGUGAAGCUAAUGAAUACAAUGUGCUGAGCAUGAGAAUUCUGCUCAACCCAGCGUCGCUCGCGCACCGGGCGCAUGGUUACUUCCCGGUAGGCAAGGACAUCAUGUCGCCCAUGGUCCGCUCACCUCGCGGAAAUGGCAGUUUCCGUGUGGAAACGAGCUAUCACGAGCCUAGCCUGAAGGGAUUGCCCCCCUUCAAGGAUAGCAUGGUCGCCGUUCAGGCAGAUUCAUUUCCUCCUCAGGGCGUCUUCCAGCCGCCCCGGUUUCUGCAGAAUGGAAUGAUUCUUCGACAAGACCAAGUCGAGGCUUGUCAGUGGAUGCUGCACCGCGAACAAGACGAACCGUUUACUGAAAGGGAAUUUGAGGAGCGUGUUCUUCCAUCUGUGAACGUGCGCUUGAGUGCUGUUGCCGAGCUUGAGAAUUAUGCCCGAGGAGGUGUCCUUGCACACGACAUCGGCUACGGCAAGACUAUAGUUCUACUUGGUCUUGUUGAUCAUACAACGACUGAUGGGCAUGCAGAGUUUUCUAUUCUAGAGCGUUCCAAGUGGUUGGGAACCACGGCGUUCAUUCACAUCAAGGCCACUUUGGUCAUCGUGCCACCCCAUAUCGUGUCGCAAUGGGCCAAAGAAGCUAAGAGAUUUGUUCGUCAGCUCAGAGUUCUGGUGCUCACCAAAACGACUGAUAUCUCACGGGAGAGCAUGGAAGCAGCAGACAUCAUCAUUGUCAGCAGCACCCUGAUGUCUUCCGAGAAAAACAUUGACAAGCUCGCUGCAAUCGCCCAAAUGCCAUCAAUCCGUCAGAAGAAGUCGAACCGAGACUCCCAGGACUGGCAUUACGAAGUGGUUGAAACCAUCAAGCAUGCCGCCUAUGACCACAGCAACCCUGACAACCCGAACAAUGCGCAUGUCGAGGCGAGAAUCCAAGGCCGCCGCACCAUCAGCAAUGAUUGGGUCCGGAAAGCCGCGGCCGACAUAGUGGGAGCUAGCGAUCGGAAGACGCAGCAAACCGCCAAGGCGACACCCAAAAAGAAGAAGGGCAAGGCAGCAAAGCCCAAGACGGCCGUCACCAUCGAUGUGAAAGAGGCAUUCCAGAAUGGCGAGGUACUUGAAAUGUACACUUACUGCCGCGUGGUCUUUGAUGAGUUCUCGUAUGAGAACACAUCCGUUGCAACCUUCUUCCAAAACGCUGUCGCGUCCUCGAAAUGGAUCCUCUCAGGUACACCGCCUACCAUCAACCUCGGUCAGAUCUGCGAGACUGGAGCGUUGCUCAAUGUUCAUGUUGCGCGACCGACACCAUCAAUGCCGGGAUUCUUCCCCAAUGUCACGACUGGGCCCAAGGUAUCCGAACUGACUGACGCCGAAACAUUCCGCAGCUACACAGAGCCCUUGUCCGCCCAGCUCGCGGCCGAUCGCCAUGAUCAGGGACAGCGAUUCCUUCUUCACUACUUGCGGAAGAACAAGAUGGAGGUUCCAGGAGUGAAAUUAAUCGAGGCCGCCUGCUUCACUCCCAUGAACACUCAAGAAGCCUUGCUAUACAAUCUUGUACAACAGGUUCUUCAUGAUGCCAAGUGGGACGUCGAUGGCAUGUCCUGUGGUCUUGAUACUUUCCUUCGCACCAUCUUGAACGAAGAAAUGACUCAGAGUGCCGGUUCAAAGGUCAAGGCUGCCGGAAAAUCUAUCUGGUCGGAUGCAGUCGACGCGUUAGUUCUCUUGUCUUCGUUGUCCGUUUCUUCCGGCCGAAAGGGAUUCGAGGGCAUGGGGUGGACAGGACCCAACGCGAAGCUGACUCUGGAGCAUCUCAGCAACAAAGCGUCUGCUGCAGCUGGUGAUCACCUUGCCCGUUGCACCCGGAUUCUGGUAUCUCUCUUCGACAAAAUGAUGUACCUGGCGAAUAUGGUCUGCAACGACGCUGGUACAGGCAGUGGGAAAGCUAAGAAAGAUGCUUACUUUGGUCAUAUGGAGGAAAUUUUCGAUUUCAUGAGGAACACCAACGGCGACUCUGAUGAUAGUGCGUUCAUCAACUAUCUCCAUGAAGCGAUCGUCCACCGAAGCUCGAUCCGCCCAGAUUACAUUCCUACUCGAGAGAACUAUUGGGACUGCAACGUUUGGUCCGAGUGGAUGGGUGGCCCUGGAACAUACAAUUCUGCCAAUUGGUGGCUUCUCGACUCGGAUCACGAUCUGUCCGAUGGUGAGUUGGACAGCUUGCAGAACCGGUGGGUUGGCUCUGGUGGUGACCAGAGCGACGACCGAGAGGCUCUCAUCGACCUCAUUCGACAAGAGCAGGACAGCCAGGAUAAAUGCGAGGAAAUGGCUUUGACUAUUGGACUGAAGAACACUGGCGACAUGGCGGCUCAACUUCUAAAGCAUUUCGAUGGAAAAGCCACCAAAGACGACUAUGAAUUCGGCAUUCAGAUUCCAGCUCACCGACCACAGAAGGGCAAGACGAUUAAACCCCGUGGACAGGCCAUUGACGAGACCUUGAACAGUCUCAUAUUGGUUGUGCAAAGCGUCCAGGCUGGCAUCAAGAUCACGACGGAGGCAUGGCGGCGCUGCAUGUUUCUGAUGAAGUUGAACCAUGUUCUUCAUGGAAGCCAAAGCCCGCUGUCCACCACCUGCAACGUCUGUGAUGGCGUUACUGCUGAUUCUGACAUGUUCCAUUCUAUUGCAUGCGGUCACUCGCUUUGCAAGGACUGCUUUGGUGCUUUCACUGAGGCUGGUGGUCAAAUGUGCCCCAUGCAAAGCUGCAAGGCAUUCAGUCGUGGAUCAUUUAUCCCUAGCGAGAUAUUUGCCACGCCCGCCAAUCUGCAGCACGAUCUUUCGGCCGUUCCUAGUGCCAAGGUAUCCGACAUGGAGAACCUCAUGUUCAACAACGUCCUUGAUGACGAGAAGGUCCUGAUCUUUGCUGCGUACGCGGGCAUCAAGAAAGAGGUCUACGACCACCUCAUUCGCAGCAACAACGGCUUUAGCGUUUACAUGACCGACGGAGGCGACGAGGACUCGAAUCAGAUUGAGGCAUUCAAGGCGCACCAUGGAAAGGCCGUUCUGAUCCAGAGUCUUAUGUCUUCGGAGUCCGCUGGCACAAAUUUGACCGAGGCGAACCAUCUCAUGUUUGCUGGAGUUCUGUAUACAGACUCGGACAGCUACGACAUGUACAUGAAACAGGCCAAGGGACGCAUCAUUCGAUAUGGACAGCAGCGUCCCGUCUUUGUCUACCACUUCAUCACUCCGGCCACGCUUGAAUUUGAUAUCUUCAACAAGCGUCAUGGCAACCGCAUCCGCCACUUCGGUGAGGAAGGACGCAUUAUUAUCCCGGUCACUGAGGACGGAGAGAAGGACCCGAGAUUCCCUCUGUAUUUCCGUCCAUACUUGGAGACCGCAUCGGCUGACAAGCUUCUGCGCUCCGUGGAAUUCGAGGAGUACGAGAAGUGAAUGGCAACCCAGGGCAUCGACUGCAAGAGUCUGAUGAAGAUGUCUCAUUCACGUUACCAAAGUCUCGGCAAGAGCGAUGACUCUCGAGUUUGCUCAGUUCGGGAGGUUUGGGAGAGGGAGAUUUGGAAUGAGAGGUUUGGAAUGGGAGGUUUGGUAUGAGAGGUUUGGUAUGGGAGGUCUGGAGAGGGAAGUUUGGCAAAUUGUUUUCAGGAGGGG